CAGUUGCUGUUCGAGGCUCGAAGGAUACGCACGGCUCUGGUGGACGACGGAUGUUGAUUUGAAAAUGCAACGGGACUGAGUGCGAAAGUGAGUGCGCGUGUGGUGAAUUUCCGCCGUAAAGAGAGUCCGGAAGAGAGCCGAAUGGUGUCCCUACUUUUCUAGUAAGAGCUCCUAAACGUGGCCAACGACGACCAUUCGACGGUUUGGUGGCGCGCAGUCAAGUCGAGUCCUUGCUGGCAGUCGGUUGUCCUGGCGGGAGUGCUUCAUUUCGUUUAGGAGAGUGUGCCGGCACCGGGUCAUGCAGUCCCCUAAAAAAACAUAACAAAACACCAAAAAAUCAUACAAAAUCAUCCAAAUCAACAGAGUGAAAAGAAAAAAGAAAAUAUUAAUCUUAAAGAUACAAAUGUGCCAAAGAAUGAGAGAAGAGUCAAGUGUCUGAAAUGUAAAACCUGCUCAAAAGUGAAAGCCAAAUCAAAAUUGUACAAGUCACUGCCCAAGGAAAUUCCUGAAAAAGAAAUUAAGCUCAGCUAAAAAUAAAAAAUAAAGGAAAACCCAGCAAACAAAAGAAAUAAAAUUAAAAAAAAAAUUUAAAUCCAAAAGCAAAUUCAAAUUCAAAUCAGAAUCAAAACAGAAGCCGGAAAACAUGUGGAUUAGUAGCCGCUUUUUUGUGAUUUUCCUGCUGCUCCAUCUCGACACCACCUGCAGUGAACCGUUCGAAGCCCACCUGCGCGGUCCUGGAUUUGUGAUGGAACCACCGGGUCGGGUAGAGUUCUCAAAUUCUUCUGGCGGAUGGCUGGAUUGCUCAGCCUCCGGAAGUCCACAGCCGACUGUUGACUGGGUGCACGCAGAUGGUUCGGCGGUGACCGAGAUCCAUGGCGUACGAAGGGUUCUGCGGAACGGAACCCUGGUCCUGAUGCCAUUUGCAGCAGCCGCCUACCAUCAGGAUGUGCACAACACGAUCUAUCGGUGCAUCGCCAGCAAUUCAGUGGGUCGCAUCGUUUCGCGGGACGUGCAAGUGAGGGCGGUUGUGGCACAGGCCUACAAAGUGGAUGUGGAGGUGCUAUCUGCGGCGCGGGGAUGCACCGCCAUUCUGCGCUGCGUGGUGCCCACGUUCGUCAAGGAAUUGGUACGAGUGGUCUCGUGGGUUCAUGAACCCGCUAUCUACAUCUAUCCCUCGUUGCAAGGCGAUGGCAAAUUCCAUUUGCUGCCCACCGGUGAGCUGCUCAUCCACAAUCUGCAGGAGAGCGAUGAGUCGCAGUCCUUCCGCUGCCGCAGCAUGCAUCGACUCACCCGCCAGGUGGUCGUCAGUUCGCCCACUCGACUGCGUAUUAAUUCGCAUCGCGGCAUCAUUUCGCCGAGCGUGGUGGAGCACACGGCUCAUGUGCAGGUGUCGCAGGACGAGGGUGCGGUGCUCCUGUGCGUCGCUCAGGGCUGUCCUUCGCCCGAAUACAGCUGGUUCACCCACAAUGGAGCCGGACCCCUGCCCGUACUAAGUGGUCCCCGUGUCCGUUUGCUCGGCCCUAUCCUGGCCAUCGAGGCCGUGACUGGUGAGGAUUCCGGAGUCUACAAGUGCACGGCCGGCAAUGUGGGCGGUGAGGCUAGUGCCGAACUCCGACUGACAGUGGCCACGCCCAUUCAAGUGGAAAUCUCACCGAAUGUCCUCAGCGUUCACAUGGGUGGCACUGCGGAGUUCCGGUGCCUGGUCACCAGUAACGGCAGCCCUGUGGGCAUGCAGAAUAUCCUGUGGUACAAGGACGGCCGCCAACUGCCAUCGUCGGGACGCGUGGAGGACACCCUGGUGGUGCCGCGUGUGAGUCGCGAGAACCGGGGCAUGUACCAGUGCGUGGUGCGACGGCCCGAAGGCGAUACAUUCCAGGCCACCGCGGAGCUCCAGCUGGGAGAUGCGCCGCCUGUACUCCUCUACAGCUUCAUCGAGCAGACCCUGCAGCCAGGACCAGCUGUGAGCCUCAAGUGCUCCGCUGCCGGCAAUCCUACGCCGCAAAUUUCAUGGACACUGGACGGAUUUCCGCUGCCAUCAAACGGAAGAUUUAUGAUCGGACAAUACAUCACCGUGCAUGGCGAUGUAAUUAGUCAUGUUAACAUAAGCCACGUCAUGGUCGAGGAUGGUGGCGAGUACGCUUGCAUCGCCGAAAAUCGUGCAGGACGAGUGCAACAUGCGGCCCGCUUGAAUAUUUAUGGUCUUCCGUAUAUUCGACUGAUUCCGAAGGUAACCGCCGUCUCCGGCGAGACAUUGAAUCUGAAGUGCCCGGUGGCUGGCUAUCCCAUCGAGGAGAUCCAUUGGGAGCGUGGCGGACGGGAGCUGCCAGAUGAUAUACGACAGCGUGUUCAGCCGGACGGCUCCCUGACCAUCAGCCCAGUGCAGAAGAACUCAGAUUCCGGCGUGUAUACGUGCUGGGCGAGGAACAAACAGGGUCACAGCGCCCGGCGGAGUGGCGAGGUGACGGUCAUAGUGCCGCCGAAGCUCAGUCCCUUCCAAACGAACAUCCUGCAGCUGAACAUGGGCGAUCGGGCCUCGCUCACCUGCUCGGUGGUAAAGGGCGAUCUACCCCUGACUAUUAACUGGCGCAAGGAUGGCCGACCCAUCGAUCCCACCCAGCAUAUGUCGGUCAAACAGGUGGACCAAUACAACAGCAUCCUGGUCAUCGAGAAUCUGGGCAGCGACCAUACUGGCAACUAUUCCUGUGUGGUCCGAAAUUCCGCCGCCGAGGUGGAGAACUCACAGGCCCUGCUGGUCAAUGUGCCACCUCGCUGGAUUGUCGAGCCCGUCGACGCGAAUGUGGAGCGAAAUCGACACAUUAUGCUACAUUGCCAGGCGCAGGGUGUCCCCACACCCAGUAUAGUGUGGAAAAAGGCUACAGGCAGUAAAUCAGGAGAAUACGAGGAGGUACGCGAGCGUCCUUUCACUAAACUCCUGGGCAAUGGUUCGCUGCUCCUGCAACAUGUUAAGGAAGAUCGCGAGGGCUUCUAUCUGUGCCAGGCCAACAAUGGCAUCGGCACCGGCAUCGGAAAGGUCAUCCAGCUGAAAGUGAACUCAUCGCCGUACUUCUCCUCCACGUCCCGUUCCGUAAUGGUGAAAAAGGGCGACACAGCGCUGCUGCAGUGCGCCGUUAGUGGGGACAAGCCGAUUAACAUUGUUUGGAUGCGCUCGGGCAAGAACACCCUGAAUCCAUCAACCAAUUACAAGAUCUCGGUGAAGCAGGAAGCCACGCCGGACGGAGUAUCCGCGGAGUUGCAAAUACGUACUGUAGAUGCCACCGAUAGUGGUCCGUACUUCUGCAGGGCCAGCAAUCUCUAUGGAAAUGAUCAGCAGCUGGUGCAACUGCAGGUACAGGAGCCCCCACUGCCACCCAGUGUGCUGGAGGCGGCCAUGAUUAGCAGUCGAUCGGUGAAUAUCAAGUGGCAACCUAAGACCUUGGGCACCGGCGAUGUAACCAAGUACAUAGUGGAAUUCCGCGAGGCAGAUCCAUUGUUUGUGGAGCAAUGGCAGCAGAUGGAGGUCAAGGAUCCGCCGCAUUUUAAUGCCAUGAUCGAGAAUCUUAAGCCGGCGACACGUUAUGCCUUCCGGGUGAUUGCCGAGGGUUCGGCUGGGCGAAGUGCACCUAGUCAGGAGCUAGUAGUUCGCACGGAACCACAGCGACCAGCAGGACCUCCCUUGAGUCUUUCUGCCAGACCUUUGUCUUCCACGGAGCUGCUCAUAAGUUGGGUUGCUCCUUUACCAGAACUACGACAUGGUGAUAUUCAGGGCUAUAAUGUGGGCUAUAAGUUGUCAAGCUCGGGAAAUACGGCUUAUAACUUCACUUCUGUUUCGGGAGAUGGUGAUGGCGGUAAUGGAGAGCUUCUACUCAGUGGACUGGCAAAGUUCGCUAGAUAUACUGUCGUGGUGCAGGCCUUUAACCAAGUUGGACCAGGACCCCUUUCGGAACCCACUGCUGCUCAGACAAUGGAGGAUGUUCCCAGUCGCCCGCCGGAGGAUGUACGUUGUGCCGCCUUAUCCUCGCAAUCGCUUCAGGUGUCCUGGCAACCACCGCCAAUCUACCAUACUAAUGGCCUCCUCCAGGGAUAUAAGCUGAUAUUUGAGCCCAUCAUCGAUGACAUUCAGCCAAGCAAGGAUGAGGUUGAGUCACGGAAAACCACGGCACUUACCAUGGUGCUGACAGGACUUCGAAAGUACACCAACUACAGUAUUCAGGUUCUGGCUCAUACGCGAAUGGGUGACGGAGCCGUAUCGAAACCAUUGUUUUGCCACAGCGAAGAGGAUGUCCCGGAGGCUCCGGCGGAUAUUAAAGUGGUGUCGAGUUCAUCGCAAUCCUUAUACAUCUCCUGGCUGCCACCCACCGAACCCAAUGGAGUGAUCACCAAGUUCAGUCUGUACACCCGAGUGGUGAACGGUCGUGAGGAGCUGAACAAUGAGAAACGUAGUCUUCCAUCCCAGCAGGCUUAUUACGAAGCAAAGGGUCUGCAUCCGCAUAUGGAGUAUCAGUUCUGGGUGACGGCGAGUACUCGAGUGGGUGAGGGUAAAAGUUCCCGAGUAUCCUCACAGAUCACUACAAAUCGUGUGCCUGCAAGGAUUAUAUCCUUCGGUGGUGCAGUGGUUAGACCCUGGAGAUCCACAGUGACUUUACCCUGCACAGCGGUGGGAAAACCUAAAAGAGAGUGGUUCAAAUCGGAUGUGGCACUGCGUCAGGGUGGCAUGCAUAAUUCUCAACUGCUGGACAGCGGAGAUCUGAUCAUCUCCAGCUUGCAACUGGCUGAUGGAGGAAACUACAGUUGCCAGGUGGACAAUGGCAUCGGCACUGAUCGACUUACGCACGUUCUUAUGGUCCAAGUGCCACCAACAGCUCCGACUUUGUAUAUAACGAGUGCCACCUCCAGUAGUAUACUGAUGCACUGGAAAUGCGGCUUUACGGGCAAUGCACCCAUCACCGGUUACACGUUGUUCUACCGGAGAGCUAAUGGAAACACGGACGAGAUGCAGCUGUCACGGCAUGCCUCGAGUCAUGAACUUAAGGGCUUGGUGUGUGGCAGCCCGUACCAGAUCUACCUCAGUGCCCAAAACAAGGUGGGCACCUCGCCAACCAGCACCAUUCUGCACGUGCGCACUCAGGGUCAUUCACCGGGUCAUCCUGCUUCUACUGCCCUCUUGGCACCCAACUCAACCUCGCUUAUGGUUCGAUUGCACUCCUGGCCGGACAAUGGAUGUCCCCUUCUAUACUUUGUCCUGCAGUACAGGGCGGUUACCGAUGAUCCGGAAUCGGAAUGGGUGCUUGUAUCGAAUGCCCUGAAGCCACAGCGUCGUGUGGUGGUCAACAACCUGCAACCAUCGACCCUUUAUCAACUUCGCAUGGAGGCACACAAUGUAGCUGGACUCUCGCAGGCAGAUUUCUCAUUUGUGACCCUGACCAAGGAUGGAGAUCCACCACCGCCGGAAAUCAUUCAUCGUGGACAUCGCGGUCAAACCACUGUCAUAUUCGCCAAUAUCAAUCUGCUCAUCCCAACCAUCGCAGCGAUAUCCGGAAUGUUAUGCACCAUUAUCAUGGUCAUCGUCUGCUACAGACACAUGCUUAAAAAUGCACAACCGCCCGCAGAGCAAAGUAAUAUUCAGAAGGAAUCACUCGAGAAUCGUGCCAACUCAGAAGCUGCCCAGCGGGAGCGCUAUUAUGCCACCAUUCACAAGGUGUCCAUGCAGAACAAUGAUAAGAUUCCAGAAACCUCUGAGGACAUCUCGCCAUAUGCCACCUUCCAGCUAUCGGAGGCUGGGGGCAACAUGUCACAGCCGCACCAUGGCGGCCCGGCCAACACGCUGCUCCACUCGUUCAUGUACCACGAGCGGGCCUUGGCCGAGGGCUGCUCGUCGCCACCACCAGCCGCGUCCAAGAACCGGAGGCGCCACUCAAGGAAGACGGAGCCGGAGAGCGAGGAGUCGGAAUCGGACCAGGACCAAUUGACCUCCAGUCGCACCGAGUCCUCCAACCAGCACGAGGGCAAGAUCAAGCACAGCAUCAUCUACCAUGGAGCACAAUCAAGCACCUCCUCCGAUCUGUCACCAAUGUCCGAACAGAAAUCAUUGCCCCGCCGCGGUCGCUCCAGGGCCGGCAUCCUGCGCACGCUGCAUCCACUCCAGCUGCAGGCCGAGUGCACCACCGGCGCCUUCCAUCGGACCGAGGACGGCGGCCUUGGCGAACGGAUUGAGCUGGCUGAGGUUGAGGUCGAUGUGGAUACGAUUAAGAAGUUGAAACUGGGGCAGAGGUCAUCGCUUUGGUCUCGACCUUCGUCCACCACCUCCCAGCUCCAGCAGGAGCACCAACAGCAGCAGCAGAAGCAUCACCAGCAGCAACAACAGCACCACCAGCAGCAGCAGCAGGCACCACAGCAACCACACAAACGAGCGCAUUCAAAGUCACCGCAGCCACAACAACAACAGCCACUGCAACAGCAACGCCAACAACAACAUUCACCCGCUCCUGGCCAAAAAUUGCUUAGCGAGAAAUCGGAUUAUUCGAUAUCCGUCUGAGACAUUGGUAAGAUCUGAUCGCAAGAUCAGCAGAUAGGAUGAGGCCAGGCCCCCUGAUAGCCAGAAAUUUAGCAGCAGCCGGGCCGGUUUUUUGUACAUUUUUAUAAUGCAUUUGUUACCUUACCACCCACCCCCCAGAAAAAGAAACAAAAACAAAGACAAACCUCCACUCCACCACUUUCGGAAGAGCCCUAAACCCAGUAAUAACCUCCUGCCCCCCGCAAAAAAAGAACAUGAAUAACACUCAGUAAACUUUCGGACAAUCAGUAUCAAAAUUUUUGCACCAACCAUCCAAAAACCAAAAACAUACCGAAUCAAAACACUUCCCAUUAUAAACUCCUGCCCGUAUUUAUAGAGGUCAUACUACAUUUAAGUAUUAACGAUUGUGCAUGCUAUAUAUACCCACUUGUAUGUGAAUGAAUAUGGCAUGUGUCCAGAAAGAACCCAGGUCAGUUGUCGAACUUCCAGAAAUGUUGUAUGUAUAUAUACUAAUGUAGUCUCUUAAGUAUCCAAAACGACUAAUGCGUAUAUCACUCGAAACUGUAACUCAAACUACUAACUGCAAAACUAUCGCAAACUAUCGUAUCGUAUCGAAUCGAAUCGAACUGUUUUUCAUCGUAUGUAGAAAGGAUGAUCUUCUAAGUGUUGAUGUCUCGAAUAGUAAUGAGUGUUUGGCCUACAUAGCUACUCCUAAAGUAGUUUUGCAUAAGUUUCGGUUUUUGUAGUGCACCAGGGCGAUGAAACGAGGAAUUUAAUCUUGAAAUUUCAACUAAACCAAAAACUCAGAUAUAUGCUGUGUACAAAUUUAUAUGAAUGUAUAUUUAUAUGUGUCCGUGUACGUGUCUACGUUAUGAGACAGUCGUGUGCUCAUGUAUAUAGGAUAUAUACCGAUAUAUAUACAAUCGAAAGAAUACUCAUUUAGUUGUUAGCAAAUCCACAUAAUAUAAUUGUAGAGUAUUGAUCAUAUUUUGUAAAUAAUCAAAAGUAAAACCCUCAAAGGACUGACAUGACUCCACUGAGAGAAAAACUCGACUCACACAGAGAAACCAAGUAAAGCCACAAUGAAAAUGUUAACUAAAUAUAUUCGAUAUAGCCGAUGUACACACACACACUCGAAUAUGUCGCCAGCUGAAUUUGAGUAUCAAAGCAGUAAUCAUAGAUAAUAUGACAUGAUAUCGCAGUAACCACACAUUAGUGUUUCCAUUACAAUAAACUGUCAUUCGUCGAGUUGUAGAUAAAUGUUUUUAAAAGCGAAUUAAUAAAAUGAAAAUGAAUGAGUAGAAGAAUCAAAUACAAGUCGUAAUCAAAUUUCGAAUUAUUACCAACACUCAAUCAAGCAGCAGCAGAAUGAAACGAAAGCCAAGUUAGGAGCAGACAAACAAACUACAAAUUAAUAUAACUCUUAGUUUGUAUCGAAUAAUCCAAAAAAUAAUACGAGUACAUAGCUGUAUUUUAAACUAGCCUACAAAAGCAUAAGAAACCCCAUUAAACAGUCAAAUAAAAUCGAUGAGAUGGAUAAGGAGAAGUCGACGGAGUAGCAGAGGGACGAAUUGAACCCAUUUCGGAAACCAUGUGCCAAAAUUUGUUUUUAGACAAAGCUCUCUUAAAUUACGAGUAAACAAUAAAUAAUGCAAGCCAUGAAAAGCAAGUAAAUAGCAGCCAUGAAAUAUGAACAUACGAAUUAGAGCCACAGAAUCCACAAAAUAAAGUCGCAGAUUAAGGUGUUCACUUGGGGCAAUUUAUUGGGCCCACAGCAUAAAUUCUUUUCUGUCUCAUUUAAAUUAAAUCCAAAAAACAAAAAGAAAAACGAAAACGGAAAUUCACGAGCCAACAGCACUCUUUGUUUAUAUAGCGAUUGCGGCAUUAAUGCCGCAGCGAUUUUAGUCGGUUUUUAUAUGAAUUUAUUUGUACGAAAUGCAAUGAAAUGGUUUAUUACAUUUAACAUCGAAUUUUACGAAUUUAUUAUAACAACAGCGAGUUGCGACUGCAAGGAGCAACCUCACAGCAAAGUCUACAAAUCAAAAGAGAAAUUAACUUAAUAGAUCACAAUCAAAACGAGAACAAAACCAAUUACUUAUACGAGAGGAAGAAACAAUUUUUAUGUUUAACAUAUAAUUAGCACAACAACUACAAAAUAAAAACUAUUAAUGUAAAAACAAACGGCAUUUAAAAAAUAUAAGAAAUAUUUA